AUGAAAUCAAUGCCGAUUGGGUUUGCUCUAAAACCGUCUUCAUGUUCUUUACGAACUCCAUUGGUGGCAACUGCAGUUGGGUCUGGUCAUGGGAAAGUAAAAGUAUCAAAGGUUCAAGUGUGGAAAACCAUUAGAUUGAGGGACUCUAAUGUUACAUUUAAGAGAUCGAAUCAUCUACACGAUUAUAAACUGAAUGAUCCUGAAAGUGCCAACAAGUAUUGCUCAGAAUUUCAUCGACAUCAAAGAGGAUCCAAACUUCAGGCAAACGCUAGCUCUGAAUUUUCUAUCAAUGCACAUGAUUCUGGGGUUGCUCCUCCCGAAAAAGAUGGCAAAACACUUGGAGCUACGUUGGAUCUUAUUUACAGAUAUUCAAGAGCUUACACGCUCAAAGGAACCGUACAAUUUCUUAUUCUUACUAUCACUCCACCAAUGUUUAUUCAUGUCUUAUCCAUUAUUUCAAUUUCUUUGCUUGCCGUCCAGAAGCUUUCCGAUAUUACUCCGUCAUUUUUCCUUGGAGUUUUGCAGGCAAUCAUUGGUGGUUGUUUAGCCAAUUUAUAUGUCGUCGGCAUAAAUCAACUCUCUGAUAUUGAUGUCGACAAGGUUAACAAGCCAUAUUUGCCAUUAGCAUCAGGGGAGCUUUCAGUAAAAACCGGCAUUCUACUCACCUCAUUGUACGCUAUUUUGGGUUUUCUCCUCGGAUGGAGUACUAAAUCUUGGCCGUUGAAGUUAGGUCUCUUGUUAUGGUAUGCUUUUGGAACUGCCUAUUCAGUUCAUACAAACAUAUACGGAAGGCCACUCUUACUUUCACAGCAUGCCAUUUUUGUAUCCGGAUUCAUGAGCAUAUAUGGGAUAGUUAUCGCACUAUUUAAGGACAUUCCAGAUGUUGAAGGAGAUAAGUUAAAUGGUAUCAACUCAAUUGCAUUGCAAAUCGGGCAAAAACCGGUGUUUUGGAUUUGUAUAUGGCUCCUUGAAAUGACAUACGGUGUGGCCAUACUAAUUGGGUUAUCGUCAACCCGUUUUUGGAUCCGAUCAUUAAUGGUAAUCGGUCAUAGCAUUCUCGGUUUUAUACUUUGGAGAGAAGCAAACCUGGUUGAUCUCAAAAAGCAACGCGGCUAUUGA